AUGAAGUUUGUAGUAGCACAGAGCACAGAUUGUCAUCAUGUAAGUGCAAUGCUUCUGUCAAGCUUGGUUGUUGUCUUAAAUCUUGAUCCAUGCUAUGAUUUUUACGACUUUGCUUGUGGAAGCUUUGUAAUGAAAAAUUACACGCCAGAUGAAAGUGUUGCUGUUGAUACCUUCAUCGAGACGGAGGAAAAUAUUGAUAUGAAAAUUUACGCUCUGUUGAACGAUGAAAAUCGCAAAUUCUUACAACUUUGUAGCGAAAUUGUUUGA